AUGUCUUACUCCAAAAUUCCCAGUAUAGCUUACAUGAUUGGCGAGUCGAAGUGGUUCUUCGCCCAACGAGCAGAACUAGUAACCAUUAUCCACUCAUACAGGACAGAAAUCGAAGAAAACACAGAGGACAUCCCAAAUACAUGCAUCCUAAUCGCAGAGCGCUUGGUAGAAAUAAAGGUUGCAAUUCUACCUCUCCGACUAAUGGCUAGCCUUCAAUCAAAUGAAAAUAUUUACAAGGCCGGAGUAAUGGAGAAGUGUGGACCAAACAGAAUUGACAAUAUCCUAGAAUGCACAAGCGAUUUGCAGAAACUGCUUAAAGGUGGAGAUGCCUUUCAAGCAUGUGAAGUACUGACUAUGGUUGCUACGCAAAUUGGUAGGUUGAGACUCACAGGUACUAAUGAUACCGAAGCUGCUACUAUGGAUGAUGUGGCUCUUGAGUUUGAUAAUAUGGUAUUUGGAAAAAGAUCGAUGAAGGUACUCCUGGUUGCGGUUGUGAUUACUGCUCGUCUCUGUAAGGGUAGCAAGCGAGGCUUGGGGCUGGGUGCUUUUAUGCGCGAAAUUUUGUUCUUUGGUGGUUUCUUUUGCAUUGGUUAG